AUGGCGGACAAAUCGGCACCACCCUCUUUACAAAUUACAUCAAAGGUGGAUGGCAAGACCUAUACCAUAGGACAGGUAUACCAAACAGCCGAAGGCGGCGAGGUGAUCAUAGACAGGUUCGAUAACACCCGUAUCCUGGCACCCCUAGUUGCUGCUAGAAAAAGGCUCAAUAAUUCCACGGAUAUCACCGAAGAAGUAUUCUUAGGCAAGUCCUACAAUGACUUAGACAAACAACUGCAUCUCGCAUCCGUGCAACACAGGCUAGGCGCACUCGCCAAGACACUUGGCGGCAGCCAUCUGGGUGAGGAAGCCACCCAAAUCGCUAGGAUAAUCAACGCGCUCAACAACCACACGCCAGCUUCUGCUAGUCUGCUGCAACUUCAAAUCGAUGUCCACCAACGCUGGUGGCCACCGAGACCCAGACGAGUAGGCCCAACAGCCCACAAACCACCGCCGCUAUUGUCCCUGUGA